AUGGGUUGCUGUCUAAAUAGUGGUAUAGAUCGUCCUAGAAAGCCAACUCAACCCCAACUCACAACAAAAACCUCCACAUCUUUGCUCUCAAUUAGGUCGUCAACUGGACAGUUCUUUCAAUAAUCAUAAAAUGACAGCAUAAGCGAAAUUUCUCCUCCUUUGCUGAUUUUAUUAUUAUAAGGUUUGAUUUUCUAGAAGCACCUUAUCCAGCUACAUCAGGUAACCAAUAGGAGGGGGCAGAGCCUGGCAUGAUUCCAGAGUAUUAAUUUAAUACGCUCAGCCACCCGAGGAGGGUGAAAUUUAGAUGGAGCAAACGCUGUUCUGAGCCACACGCGAAGACAACGCGCCAGGUGAGAAAUGCAGUUUGUAUGGUGGCGAGGUGAUUGGCGGAUUUUGAACACUCUCUCCUGAAAUGAGGCGAGGUUAGAGGCAAGAUGGCCGUGAGCGUCAGCAUCGCUAGUCUGGUUAUAGCCAUUAACUACAGCGUGGUACCUGACACCUAAAUGCCAGAUAAUUAAGUAAGUAAAGACAGUUCUUUCAAAAAGCAAAUUUUAUCAAAUUCUUCUAUGGCAGCCUAUUAGAAAAAUAUACAAUUGUGAAAGAAAUUGGACAUGGCAAAUUCGGAAACGUUUAUCUUGCUUGACAAAAGUCCACACAGCUUGAUAGAGCCAUUAAAUCAGUCAGCAAAAGCAAAGUUAUCCCACAAACCGCCCACGAGAUCGAAAUUCUCAGGCAGCUUGACCACCCCAACAUAGUAAAAGUUAUUGAAGUUAUUGAGCAGCCGUCAAUUUUUUUAAUAACUAAAAAUGUUUAACCUUUCUCUGGGAUUUUUAUUUUUAAAAUUUUUUUGAUAACAAUUUAAACAAUUUUAUGUAAAAUAGCCUGAAAAAAGGCAUGAUAUUUUUUCGAAGUGGACCGUCAAUUCUCCAUAUCGUUAUGGAGCUUUGCACAGGAGGCGAGCUCUUUGAUCGGAUAGUAAAAUCAAAAAAGCUGACAGAAGGCGUUGCUGCGAAAUAUAUGGAGGACUUAAUUCAAGCUUUAUCCUAUUGCCACAGCAAUGGAGUCGCUCAUAGAGACUUAAAGCCUGAAAAUAUAAUGUUUCCUAAUGAAGAAAGCUCUGAUUUAAAAAUUUGUGACUUUGGCUGUGCAAUUUUGAUGGACAGCAACAAAAUUAUAGACAAGCCUGUGGGGACAGUAAGAUUUAAUUAGGCCUUAUUAUGUAGCUCCAGAGGUACUUUCUGGUGAAUAUAAUGAAAAGUGCGACAUAUGAAGCUGUGGAGUGAUUUUGUAUGUGAUGCUCUCUGGGAGACCUCCUUUUCACUCUAAAAGUAAAAGAGACUUGCUGAAGCUUGUACAAUCUGGACCUUUGGAGUUUCCUGAGAGGCAUUGGAACUGCAUAUCAAGAGAUGCAAUUGAUUUGAUCAAGCAUAUGAUAGACCGAGAUGUAAACAGACGAUAUGGCACCAAAGAGGUUUUGGAACACCCAUGAAUGAGUCUUGCCAAAGAACAGCUAGAUAUCCCUUUAGCGAACCAAGCCUUAAAUAACUUAGCCGGCUUCCAAUCUCAAUAUAGGCUCCAAAAAGCAACCUUAUUCUAUAUCAGUUCACAGCUAGUGACUUAUAAAGAAACCCAAAGCUUGGCAAAAUCGUUUAAGCAACUUGACGUGAAUAACGAUGGAAGGCUCAGUAAAGAUGAAGUCAUCAAUGGAUUUAGUCAAAUAGAAAUAAAAAUACCUAUACAGAUUGAUGAGCUCAUGGAAAGGUGUGAUAUUGAUGGCAAUGGGUUUAUAGAUUAUAACGAAUUUAUCACUGUCACUUUGAACUGAGAACAGUCACUUUCCAAGCAAAGGCUCCUGGCAGCUUUUGAGAGCUAUGAUAAAGAUCAUAGUGGAAAAAUCACUGUGAAUGAGUUGAAGUGGCUUUUGGAUGAUGGGGAUGAAGAUACUGAUUAUAUAUGGAAAGAAAUCUUAGAGGAGGUUGAUUUAAAUGGAGAUGGAGAAAUCGACUUUCUAGAGUUCGAAAAAAUGAUGACUGCAAUGCUCAAGGAAAAGCAUUUUUCUAAUAAUUAG